GCGGUCGGACUCAUUUGAGGACGCACAUGUUUUACGCAUACAGAAUAGCAAGCCAUACUUGCACCUUCCAUAAUAAUUUGCAAUAGGGCUGCAUCAUAUAUCUCAUUUUUCUUCCGUAAAAGACCUCAGCGGUCCAACCAGGCGUCAACGAUACUUAAAAACCACUGGCUAACGCUUGCGUAGGCGGCUGCUAGCUUUCUCUGUGCAUCGUCCCGACCAUGUUUACAUCCCAGACGUCGUCAUUCCAAGAUUCCAUUGACGUGGAGGAGAAAGAUGACUUCGAAAGCGAGGAAAUUGCUGCGUACGGCCAAAAGACUCAGCUGAACUGCUAUUAUGCCAUUUAUCUAUACGAAGGCACGAGAUCGGAGGCCACUGAGGAAAAUGUGGCUUGGAACCAGAGACGCGCAGAUUCCACAACCAGUCAGGAGGACUUUAGCUUGACUUUGAUUGACAGCAGCCUACCCGCAGAGGCGGAACCCGAGCUUCGCACGUACAUCUCCAGGAGGCUGAGCAAAGGAGCCCUGCUCGGAGGCAUGGGCAACAUCGCCACUGUGGAGCUCAGCCUUCCAGAGCAGGCAGUGGGCUGCUACUGUUGCCUCCUGGAGCAAGAACGAUCUCCAGAGCAACCUGAUGCCGACGGUAACGGACACGUCAUCUGCUUCUUGGGAGGCUCAGAAAAAGGACUCAACUUAUAUAGACUAGAACUUGAUAAGUACGUUCAAGGCUUGCGCAGCAGUCUGCAAACGCCCGAGCUGCAAAACCUGGAGACGGAGCUGCGUCCCUAUCUGAGCCGCUGGUACGAAGAGUCCGUCAUGCACAUUCACCGCGUGGUGCAACUGGUGCAGAGCAACAUCAGCUUCCUGCUGCAUGCCGCUCUGAAUCACCAUCACGUGGAGGUCACCAAUGCGGACGACAGGACAAAGACGGACGUGUCCCGGUUCAUCAAAGCAGCCAGCUUGCAGGGCCUGUCGCAGCAAGACACCACGGCAGCCUCCCUCUGCAAGGCCAUGUCGGAGGACGUGCACUCCCAUCUGACAGUCGACUGCUCCGUCACGCCGCCCACCUUCGCCAACACCGUCAGUAACCGCUUCUGUGAGGACUGGAGUCGUGCGUUUUUGAACGCCGCAGAACGGGCCAACCCCUUCCUCCUCAGACAGAUCCUGGAGAACUUCAAACUCAAGGCCAUCCAGGACAUGAACAGCCUGAAGCGUUUCGUGCGUCAGGCCGAGAUGAGCCACUACGCUUUGUUUCGCUGCUGCCAGUUCCUGCAGGGCUGCGGCAACGGCGACGUGCUCCUGCAGAACGCCCGGUCCGAGCACAGCGACCUGCCCGACGCCUGCCGCAUCAUCGCCGUCCUCGAGGAGUUCCUCAGGGAGCAGUCGCAGGCCUGAAUGCCAUUCUGACACUUGAAUACUUCCUUUUGUUGUUACCUUACUUUUUAAAUACAUUUUGGGAGCAGGGGAAAAUGAAGUUGUAUCAUAUACAGUACACGGUAUAUAUAAUUGAUAUUUAAUCUGCUUGUGAUUGUGACAUAAGAACGUGAAUCUCAAAAUAUGGUUGUAAAGUAGGAUGUGCAUAACAAAACACUAACAUAACUGACAAACAUUCAAAUACUAAAAUCUAUUUUUUUAAACUGAACUAUUUUUAAUUGCGAUGUGGACUAACUGAUGCAGAUGAUUUAACAAACUACUAAUAGACAGUGCGUCCCCCAAAAUUUUACAUUAUCAUGUAGUUGGAUGACAAAACUGGCUCAGAUAGUCUGAUUUUAACAAGAACUGUGGCUAAAUUUAAAGAAGACAAAUUUAGAAGAGUUCCAAGGUUUCAUCAAGUUGCUGUGACACGAUUUUGUCAAAAUCCCUCGACGAUCAAGAUUUUUUUUAGCUUAUUUAAUAUCCAGUGGAAACCACUUGGCUUUGCGUGUGUAUUGGGGGGGGUUAAAAAAAAGCCACAGCUAAGCCUAUUUUUAGUUUCUUUCCUGAUGAUGGCUUGAUAGUGCUCAGAUGUUUAUAUUUAAAAUGUCACCCUACUAUUUAAACUUGCAUGUAAUCGCUGUUGGGAGUUGGAAGUGCUUUUUUUCUCAAUGUCCUUUUUUGGGAAGGGGAAAAAAAAAAUCCAAGUAGUUACAGUUGAGCAGAUAUAAAAUAAACCAGUGAAAGCUUUUAGGACAUUGCACUAGUUCAAUUGUGGAAAAGUGAUUAUGUUGUACUGACUGUGAAUCUAAACUAUGAGAUGUAAAUUAUGGAUAGAUGUGCAAUAAACAAUUCAUGUAAUCCACGAGACAAAACAAACAUCAA